CCAUGAUCCUCCAGAACCUCUGUUUCCGUUCAAUCUGACGUGUACGGAUGUUUUCUGACAGUGGUCUAUUCAGUAGCCCAAGGGAUUUUCUACCAAGAUGUCAAAGAAGUCCAAGAAGAAGAAGAAGCAGAAGAAGGAGAAGGAGACAAAUAAGUUAUCUUUUUCUUCCAGUGAGCAUUCGUCACAGAAGGAAAAGGGCACCAAGAAACGCAGUCGUGCAGAGGGGACGCACCGUGGCAGCUGUUCUGCAGAGGAGAAACGGGGGAGAGAGAAAAGAGUUAGCCACUCCACCCCAGGGAACAGUGCAGCAGGGAGCAGUCAUGAGAAAGACCGGGAGUUCAAAAAAGCUCUCUACAGACUGGAGAAAACAAAGUCGCAGGGUGCAGCCGAGGGAAAAAACGCCUGUCCUCUUGGAACCCCUCCUCAGGACAGCUCUGUGAGGAAGAGUUGCCCCAGCCAGGAUGGGUCGGCUACCACCGGGGUCAAGACCGCAGAAAGGGUGUCUUCCAAACCAGUCAGCAGUCUGAGCGCGAAUAAGACCCAGUCCCAAAAUGUGGAGAAGAUCCUUACGUUCCAGGGAAGCUCCAGUAAGCCAUCUGACAAGAGCCCCUCCAAAACAGCCUCGAGCAGACUGACGACCAGUCCCAGGUCCCUCAUGGCCCAGCUGAAGGAGCAGAGGAAGACGCUGGUGAAAAGGAGAUCCAGACCUGAGGAGAAGCCUGGCAUUGGGAAGGACCACACCUCCCAAGGUAGGACCUACCAGGACCCCCAACUGUCCCUGUCACUGGCUGAAGAGAUGAGGGAGAAGAGGAGGAAGCUAGUGAAGAGGAGAUCUGAAGAAGAAAAGGAGGAUGUUUUAAAGGCUAAACGGGACAAGAGUGGAGCAAAAUCCUAUAGUCUUCCCUCUAACAACACCACCACCACAAAGCAGUCCUCCACCUCUACUAAAAACGCUACCUUUGAGAAAAUCUCAAACACAGAAAGACAUAGGCCUACCACCCAAAAGCAGAGGAAUGUCUCUGAUCUGUCCAAAACAUCAGCAACAUCUAAGUCCACGUGUGCCGAGGUACAGAUGCCGCUACCCAAACCUCAGCUGCCUCUCAAUUUUAAGAUCCCAAAGAAGUCCAAACUUGUGCCACUGCCAGUUAAUAGAGCCAUCUGGGGGGGUGACCAGGAGGAUGAUAACGACAAUAAGCCCAUCAGUGCUAGAGUGAAGGUGGUGUCUCCUGCUUCUAGGCUUUCUCACCAGACAGGAAGUGCGUCCAAGCUUUGGACACCAAGGAGUGUGUCCAAAUCUCUGAACUCCAAAGACGGUGUGUCUGCUGCUGUGAACAGAAACAAGCAGCACAAAUGUGAAACGGUUCCAGAAUCUUCCAAAGGUUCUAAAGAAUUACGGCCCAGGUCAGCUCAGGGGAUGACAUCACCACCCUGUAACAGAACAACUUCCCCUGAAGAUUAUAUAGAAGUCUAUGAUAAUGACCAAGAGAUGCAGCUGGUGGAGGAGCUGCAUCUGGCCCGCAGUGAGAAGAGGCUAGAGCUGAAUGUGGUGGAGAUCUAUGGAGAACUCACCAGCAUGGACAUCGACCCAUCAGAGGAGGGCAUCACAUUCACACUCAGUAAAGAGGAGGAUCUUCAGCAGGAUCUGAUCAUUGUCCUGGACACCAACAUCUUUCUCAGUCACCUAGACUUUGUCAAGAAGAUGAGGUCACACGGCCUUGGAGCUCUAGGUCUCCCCACAGUGCUCGUACCCUGGGUGGUACUACAGGAGCUAGACUCUCUGAAGAACAGGAAGAGGCUGUCCAGCUCUGUAGCCCACCUGGCCACACCUGCCGUUCAUUACAUCUACACCUGCCUGAAGAGCCAGGAGCCUCGACUCUGGGGCCAGUCCAUGCAGCAGGCCUCUCAGAGCAGCCAGGGACUCAAUGCUGAGAAUAAUGACGACAGAGUGCUGCAGUGCUGCCUGCAAUACCAGAGUCUUUACCCAGAGGGUGCUCUCAUCCUUUGCACUAAUGAUAAGAACCUGUGUAGUAAGGCCUUGCUGAGUGGGGUGAAGGCCUUCGGUAAGGCUGACCUGUUGGAGGAGGUAGACAGGCUCAAAAUGCCUGGUGUCCACAACCUGACCCCUGUCAGCACACAGACACAAACCCUCACCUGCACCCCGAGCCAGACCCGUGACCACCAGAAACCCAGCCCCUUCCCAGGCCGGCAGCAGAAUGAACAGAGCAGGAGUGAUGGAGGGAAAGAGAGAGAAAUGGAAGAGAAGAGAAAGAAGGCUGCAGAAGAGGCCCGGGAGCUGAGCAGCUGUGUGUCAGUACUGGAGGACUGUCUGAAAGAGGCGCUCUCUCAGGUGCUGGAGAUUGAGAUGAAGGCAGCCUAUGAAGAACUGUGGACAGAGAUCGUAUAUCUGAAACCGCCCUGGACUCUUGAAGACCUUCUGCAGUGUUUCAAGAAACACUGGAUCUCUGUUUUUGGCAACAUUGUCCCUCGAAAUCUGCAGCAAUCCCUGGAAAACCUUCACAACUACUUCUUCUCAGGUAAAUCAGUAGAGCAUAGCUCUACAGUGCUGGCUCUGUAUGAGGCUAGAGACCUGCUGCAGGCCUUUGGCUGCAGGUCAGACUAUGAUGGGCGUGUCCAACCAGCCCUCGCCUCCCUGAACACCCUGCUGCAGAGGAUACUCCCUCAGCCAGAGAAAGUCUCAGAGGAGACCCACACCAGUGACGGUGACACUCUCAUGGCAGAGGAGGAGGAGGAGGAGAAACAGACCACGCCUGCUCGGGUGUCACACCAGGAAGUGUGGGUGAUGUUUGAGAACAUCUGGAACAAUGUGUGUGGGAUCAGCUCUGCUGUUUUCGCCGCUCUCCGCUUUGACCCGGGCGCCAUAGAAACCAACCAGCCAGUAGAGGGUCCUCCCCUUCCCCAGGACGCCAUCUCCUGUCUGCACAGACUAUCUACUGCUGUCAGACAACUGCUACAGGCCUUUACCAGGGUUCUGUCAACAGACAGCUGUCUAGAAGAUGCCCAGGCUCUCCUCUCCUUCAUCCACUCCAGUGAGAUUGCUGCCAUGGAGCCCAGGUUCACUGCCAAAGACCUGUUGGACUGUCUCUCACAGCACGAGUACAGGGAGAAGCUGUGUGUGGGGGGGACCCAGUUGGCAGAGCUGAACAUCAGUCUAGAGCGCUGCGCUGAGGUCACGUCCCGGCAGGUCACACCAAGCACCUGGCCCUGAUUGGACCACAACCAGGAAGUUUGGACUAAAAUAUCCUACCAGAGGCCUCAAAUUGCAUCAUAUCACAACUCAACAACUUUACUUGAAGCCACUGUUUUCAUAUGGGGCUGACCUAUUUCAUUCAGCACCUUUUCUGACUUCAUUUAGUUUCUAGUGUGUGGAUGUUGGUGUAGAGCAGUGGUCAGUGGAUAAAGCCUUGUGUUCCUAUUUUCUUUAUUUAUGGGCUGCUUCCCAAAUGCCCAAUAGGGCUCUGGUCUAUAGUAGUGUACUAUAUAGGGAAAAGGGCUCUGGUCUAUAGUAGUGUACUAUAUAGGGAAAAGGGCUCUGGUCUAUAGUA